UUUAGAACAAGAUAAAUUUGAUAAAAUAACAAUGAUUAUUUUUCAGUGUCAUGAGUUCCUUAGUGCCCACAUUCCAACGAUUGCCCUCAGGAAUUUUGUCCCUCAGUGACAGUGCUGCUGCGAGAGCCGUGAAAACGGAACACAGGGAACAGAACCGAGCAGAAUCCGAGAGUGUCAUCCGGAUAAAGACCCAGGCAGAGCGAUCCGUAAACGCCUUGGGGGGAGAUGUUAAGAAUGUAAAGCAUCUGCUCGGACAACAUACAAUCCAGUUUGGACAGUUUCGAGGAAUGACUUUCAAAUGGCUGCUUGAAAAUGCUCCGGGGUGGGUUGCGUUUUUGAUUGCCAGGGAUGAAACUUCCGGAGAGACCCAGAGUGUUGGCAAUAGAUGGCUUAACAAGAUGGCCCUCCGAAGAUAUGUCUAUCUAUUUGAAGAGAGCAAGGAAUUAGUGAGGAUGAAAAGAGAAGAAAAACAGAGAAGGACACCUGGGAAUCAGAAGCCAAGUUCAGAGACCAGAACCCUUGAUGUUCAUGUUGAUGACUCUGAACUGAUAGCAUGCUUAGAGGAAGUGGAAGGCAAAGCUGGCAAAGAAUCUUCCUACAUACUGGUCUUCAUCAGUAAGACUCCCAAAGCCUACGCCAAAUCUUGCAUCGGCUGUUGGGAGGAAAUCAUCUACAUCUACUUCUACAUCUGGUAA